UAAUUGAAAUUGAACUGAGAGUAGAAAUUUUGUGAUUGCAGAAUUUUAAAAAUCGAAGGAGAUGGAUCCAGAAGCUGCAAGAAGUGCAAGAGAAUCGCUAGAUUUAGCGUAUCAGAUGUCAAACAUACUCGACACAGGCCUCGACAGACACACUCUCUCAGUGCUGAUCGGGUUAUGUGAUUUGGGUUUAAACCCGGAAGCUUUAGCUACCGUUGUUAAGGAACUCCGACAAGAAGCGGCAGCCUCCUCCUCCUCCGCUUCCUCUCCGUCGUCUCAUAAUCCUUCAUCUCUUCAAUAAUCGCAGCAUUUCGCCUAGGGCAUGAUUUUAGCUUGAAAAACGAAAGGGAAGUGUCUGUAUACAAGAGAGCAAUGAACGCGAAACUGCAUAGCACUAUGGCAACGACGGAAAGCGGUAGCUUUCCUCUUGGAGGUUUCAUUGUAGCAGAUGGAGAAGGAGCUAAGCUCAUUUUCGAAGAAAGAGGAGCGGAAAUAUAAUGAAGUAGCGGGUUAAGGAGCUGUACUGGAAGCAACAGAAUGAUGAAGACUUGAUCAUUGGUUUGUUUCUAUGGAAGUUGAUUUUAUGGAAGCUUGAGUAAGAGUAAAGGUAAAGCCAUUAAUGGGUUUGUUUAGUUUUUAAAAGUUUAAACAUCUUUUUAAAGUAUGUUUAAUGGAGGUUAGGAAAUAAGUUGGAAAGCAUA